AUGCAGAAGACACACCUUAACCUCGUCGAAGACGACGACGAUAUGGAUUCCUGUCCACCUCCGAUCCCCAUACGAUCGCACACACCAAGACGACAAGUCACAAUGAAGCAGAGCUUUGAGACACAAGAUUUAGGCGACGGAAAAGCCGAUUUCGACCCACGACUGCUGCAACAGCCAUCGACAUCAGCAGCACCCGCACACAGUCAUCAUCGUCAAAGACACUAUCAUAACCACAACCAGACCCUGAAAGACAACCACGACCACGACCAGAAUUAUACCCACGUCCAUGCUCCUGCACCAGCACCUGUACCAUCACCCGCACCCGCAACUAUCCCUAUCCCUGCGCAUCCAACUUCGCCCGCUCGACCGUCAUCCUCUGCGACAUCACGAAGUGCAAUGUCAUACCGAUCGCACGAAACAGAGGUUUGGUCGCAAAGAGAAAGAGAUGCUUCAUCCAUUUCUUCCGUCUACGUACCAACGCAUCUCCCCGCGCUGCAAGCAAAGGGUGCAGGUGCAGAGGGAGACGGCCUUGAACCCUUGACAGAGGAGGAAUAUGACCCGUCAUCUUUCGAUCUCGUCGUGCCGGCGCAUGCCAUGGGGAAGCAGUACACUCUCGAGAGUCAAUCCGAGCUGUUGUUUUCCGCCAAGCAUCUCACAAUCAUUUUUGAAGAUCCCCUACUAUUGCAGCGUUUCACAAACUUCAUUUCCGCAUCGCGACCCGGUUCAAUGCCACUUUUGACAUAUUAUCUCGAUACCCUCAAAGCAAUCAAGGCAAUUAAUUAUGCCAACUCUUUGACAGCAUCUUUGGAAGAAAUUGAAGAUCAUGAUUUCACAAUGGACCCUGUUACUAGUACUGUCAAUACUGCUCUGCAAAAACGAGCGACUGAUGCUUUUCAAGCAAUGGCCAACCACGAUUUACCAGCUUACAUCACCCACACGUACAUUCAGACUGUCAGCAUCACCAUCAAGCGAAGAAUAACAGACACUUUGGCUCCCCAACUGCGAGAGCUCUCUGAGGGCUUGGCAGAGGUAUUCUGUCUUACAGAUCCUUCACGGCCCGAUAAUCCCAUUGUAUUCGCUAGUGAGGAAUUCCACCGAACAACGCAGUAUGGUAUGGACUAUGUUCUGGGCCGCAACUGUCGAUUCCUUCAAGGUCCCAAAACCAACUCGUGGAGUGUUCAGAGAAUUCGAGACAAGCUCAAAGCUGGACAAGACCACUGCGAAACAUUCCUCAACUACCGUCGCGAUGGCUCACCUUUCAUGAACCUGCUCAUGGUAUCUCCGCUAUACGACUCGCGUGGUGUCGUUCGUUACCAUCUCGGUGCACAGGUCGAUGUGUCUGGUCUUGUAACAGACUGUGCAGGACUGGACUCGCUAUCAAAGUUGCUGAACCGUGAAAACCCGGAAAAUGAGCGUUAUCCGGGUGAGAAUGCUCACAAAGCAAAGGAAGAGCAGAAAGAUGACUUUAGAGACUUGGCGGAAAUGUUUAACCUCACCGAACUCAGGACUGUGCGUGAAUCAGGCGGUGCUUUCCACAGGACAAGACAACAGGACUUGAGAAAAACAGAUGCAGCACCUGCGAACUGGAGCAAGCCGAGGUUUGUCUUUGAGGACGAUGCAACCAUCAACAGACGUUUGUCAGACCCGAUUCUUCAGGACACAGCUACGAUGAGUUUUGGUGGUCGUCUCAGUGGUGUUUACAAGCACUACCUGCUUGUCCGCCCUUACCCCAGCCUGCGUAUCCUCUUCGCCUCGCCAUCUCUCCGUGUACCGGGCAUGCUGCAAAGCUCAUUCCUCUCCCGCAUUGGCGGCUCCGACCGCGUCCGCGAAACCCUCACGCAAGCCUUUGCUGGUGGAAACGGCCUAACAGCUAAGAUCCGCUGGUUGUCCAAGACCGACAUGAACCACAAGAACCAUGGCGAAGGUGGUCAAGCACCCCCCGCGAACCCUGGUCGUAACCGCUGGAUCCAUUGCACACCUCUUCUUGGAUCAAACGGUGCCGUGGGUGUGUGGAUGGUUGUUUUGAUCGAUGACGAGUCUGAUGAAGCUUUUAUUCGAGGAAUGAGGAGAGAUGCGCCUAUUGUGCAGCCUGCACCAAGGCCAAAGUCGAGAAUCGAUCAGCUUACAGGCGAUGAUGAUACGAUGAGUCUGAGCAGUUUCGCUGCCCAGCAUCGUGGUUAA